AUGAUGCUCGGUUUUCAGCCAAGGACCCGUCUAAGCGCACAAUUUCCAGAGGAGGUGGACCGGGAGCCCGUGGUGAACACUUUCACAGCGCCGAUGCAGCGUUUUCCUCAGGGGGCGCCUGUGUGGUCACGCCAGUACAAUCAAGCCGGUCAGCGAUGGUUACCCGGCAUGGUGACGUCAUCAAGAGGUAGGCGCUUGGUUAUGGUGGACACCACCGGAGGAAUGCAGUGUCGUCACGUGGACCAUCUGCGGCCACGGCACCUCACAACGGUGGCAAAGCAGGAGCUCUCCGCGACCCGGUCUUCUGAGCAGCAACCCUCACCACGUGAUCCACCCUCACAUGACCAACCUUCGGCAGGCGACAACAUCGAGUCAACAGACUUAUCGCUGUGCACAUCGCGGUCUCCCAGUGAGACCGAUUCAAGGACACCGACGGCAUCGGAACUUCCCAGGCGUUCUACGCGCAUAAGAAGGCAGCCAGACAGACUUGGCUUCGUCUAA